GAAUACACGCACGCACAUUCGGGACGGGAAAAUUUCUCCCCCGAGUGAAAGGAAUCCCCACAAGUGCUAUUAGACGAAGGCAUAUCCUCUGUGUUCUGCGCAACGUGUGCACUGUGGAAAUUUGGGCAGGAAAUUACCACACCCACAAAUCAAAACAUUCGCGGGAAAAUCUUCUGAGUGUAUACACCCAAUUGGAUGGAAAUAUCCUGGUAUUAUAAAAGCUUGUUCCUGGUGCAAUGCUACUUCAGUUCUUUAUUGUAACUUCACUACUGCAGUGGUUCUUUAGAACAACACCAAUGAAAUGGAGGUUUCGCUAGAAGAUGUGGAGUUCUGCGAGGAAACCAAUUUUGUUGUUUCGCCUUGCCCCAGUCCGGAGGAAGUGGAGAAAGUGCUCAAUAUGAAUUUCCUGACAAUCAACGGUCGAUUCACGCCAAGAUCUGCUCGAUCGUCCGCCUGUUCAACGCGUAGUGUUAGCCUGUCUACAACGCCGGUUCCACCGGGUGGCGAGGAUGAUGCUGAUGAGGAUGAAGUCGCCGGUGACAUUCCACGAAGGGAUUCAAUCAAGGCGAAGAGUCUUGUGUUUGAAACGAGUGGACGUACAACACCGGUGUUCACCUGGAAUCCACUACCGACUGGGAACAGUAUUGUCUACGCGAAAAAUAAGGAUAACGAAGUGAAGUUUUCUAGGUUUGAGGAAGAUUCCUCCGACACUGAGAGCUCUGCUGUGAGUGAGACUGAGGAAGGUGGAGAAAAAAGUGCGCCCGAUUGCUACCCUAACUGUGAUGUCAACGUGUGGCUGCGAUCGUGUGAGCAGGAGAUCAUCCAACCGAUUGAAGGUGAAGUAAGCGGAACGAUUCCGGAGUGGUUAAACGGAAGUUUGCUACGAAAUGGGCCAGGGAGUUUAAGAGUUGGCGAGAUGACCUUCAACCAUUUGUUCGACAGUUCAGCAUUGUUGCACAGAUUCAACGUUGAAAAUGGUCAAGUUACGUAUCAGUGUCGGUUCCUAAAAUCCGAUACGUACAAGAAAAAUACCGCUGCCCAGCGUAUCGUUGUCACCGAAUUCGGCACCAGUGCCGUACCUGAUCCGUGUCAUACAAUCUUCCACAAGAUCGCAUCGAUUUUCCGCAAGCCGGGAGAGAAUAACUCCGACAACGCCAUGAUCUCGAUCUACCCCUUCGGCGACGAGUACUUCGCCUUCACCGAGAGUCCCAUCAUCCACAAGAUCGACCCGGAAACACUGGAUACCCAGGCGAAGAUCAAUGUUUCUGACUACGUAGGAAUCGUCAACCAUACGUCGCAUCCCCAUGUCAUGUCCGAUGGAACCGUUUACAACUUGGGCUGCUCGGUGACUCGAACUGGUCCGGCCUAUACCAUCAUUUGUUUCCCCAAUGGGGAGAAUAUGUUUGAAAGUGCUUCCAUUGUGGCCUCGGUUCCGGCACGGUGGAAAUUCCACCCAGGUUACAUGCAUACUUUUGGAAUCACCGAAAAUUUCUUCAUCAUCGUUGAACAGCCGUUGAGUGUGUCGGUCCCAUCGAUGCUGGUCAGUCAAAUGAAGAAUGAACCGAUGGCGGCUUCAUUGAAGUGGUUCGAGAAUCAGCAAACCUACAUCUACCUGUUAGAUCGUGACUCCGGCCAGCUGAGACACACGUUCCACGCGGAAUCAAUCUUCUAUUUACAUAUUAUCAACCAGUAUGAGAAGGAUGACCACGUUGUGCUGGAUAUCUGUUGCUACAAGGAUCCUUCCAUGUUGAACUGUAUGUACAUCGAGACGAUGCAAAAUAUGCAACAGAAUCCGGACUACGCCAAGAUGUUCCGUGGACGACCGCUGCGAUUCGUGCUGCCGUUGAACUACGGGGAAGACGUGAAGAGUGUGGCCACUGGGGCGUUCUCGAUGACGCGAUCUUUAUCGCAUCUGUUUAAAAAGCUUAGCAUAAGCGAGGAUCAGGGUGGUCGCAAACGGUUUGGCAUUGACGCAGGACAGAACAAUUUGACAUUGAAAAACUUGGUUAGGUUGGCGGGAUCGAAUGCGUGCGCAUACGCGAUGCCGGAUUCGAGUAUAUUCUGCAAACCGGAGCUUCUUUGCGAUUUAGGCUGUGAAACUCCAAGAAUUUACUACGAGAAACAUUUGGGUCGGGAGUAUCAGUAUUUCUACGCGAUUAGUUCGGAUGUCGAUGCCAACAAUCCGGGAACGCUGAUCAAGGUGGAUGUUGUCAAUAGAACUAGGCUAACGUGGUGCGAGGAGAAUGUUUAUCCGAGUGAACCAAUUUUUGUCCCCAGUCCAGAUCCGCAGUCAGAAGAUGACGGUGUCGUGCUGGCUGCAAUGGUUUGGGGUCGAGAGGAUGCUAAUCGCGUUGGUUUGUUGGUGUUGGACGCGAAGACUUUCGUGGAGAUCGCUAGAAGUGAAUUCAACACGCCUGGGCCAGUGCCAAAAUGCCUACACGGGUGGUUCCAAGCGACGAAAAAAAGUGAGUAAUUGGAUGAUUAAUUACCGGUAGCGCCAUUAAUGGGUGCAGGUGUGAAAACGUACGGAGAAUAUGAAUCGAUUUGCCCGUUCUGACGAGGCUUGAUGUUUAUAUUAUAGAAAGGUGGUAAAUUAUGCAUGAAGUGAAACGCAGUAUCACCGCCGUAGAUUGGCACUACUGUUUGGUAGGGUUUG